CAGCGUGGGACCGGCAACACUUCCCCGAACUGACGGAGAACGACGGUGAUGGGAAAACUUUCAAUCCGCCCAGACUGUAGGAUCUGAAAUUAGACUUCUAAGUGAAAUGCGCCUGAAUAAGAUGUUCCCAGCAGUAUUUAAAGGUGCUGGGGAUCUUCUAAAAGUCUCCAACCGCUAUGGAACACUCAGUCGCAGUUUAAUGUGUGUCAGUAGUACAGAAAACAGGAGACGCAAAAAGAAAUCCUUGCUUUCAAAUAGAGAAGCUCUGCCUCUGGAGGAAAGACUUGCUGAUACAGUGACCCCUUUGUGGUGACUGAGUUAUGAGGAGCAGCUUCAGUGGAAACAGGAACGACAGCACACGAUUUUACUUCAGAUGAUCAAACACCUAGAACAGGACUCCUCUCUUUCUUCCAAUAAGGGAGAACUCCCAUUUCCUAUUCUGCCUAUAGUGCCUUCACCAGUCAGAGAUGGCUACCGCAAUAAAUCCACUUUCUCAGUCAACAAAGGAGUGGAUGGAGAUCCAAAAACUGUAGGAUUCUACAUUGGCACUGGAAAAGGUAGAGACAUUGUCUGUGUUCACGGUGACCAUCUUCUUAACAUGCCGGCAAAGCACAAACUUGUGAGACGCUGCUAUGAGGAGUUUAUACGUGCUUCGCCACUGAGACCGUGCAUUUUGUUUCAUGAUGGAGGACACUGGAGAGAAAUUACAGUGAGAACAAACUCUGCCGGUAACACAAUGGCCAUAGUAUAUUUCCAUCCACAAAAUCUAAGUCCUGAGGAGAUUGAUGUCCAUAAAGCAUCUCUAGUAGAAUAUUAUAUCGAAGGACCAGGGUCCGUUUGCCAGUUGGACUCUCUCUAUUUCCAGGAAAGCACCAUGACCCGAUGCAGUCAUGAAGAUUCCCCAUACCAGUUGCUAUAUGGGGAACCCCAUAUCUAUGAGGAGAUACUUGGAUUUAAGUUUCGCAUCUCUGCUGAUUCCUUUUUUCAGGUAAACAGAGAUGCAGCAGAGGCCCUGUACACAACAGUAGCUGAGCUCAACAAGGAUAGUGAAAAAGGAACUCUGUUGGAUGUGUGCUGUGGUACAGGAGCUAUUGGCAUUUCACUGUCCCCCAGAUUGAAAAAGGUCAUUGGCAUUGAACUGAUUGAGCAAGCUGUACAGGAUGCGAAAUAUAACGCAGCACUAAAUGGUGUUGAGAACUGCGAGUUCUUGUCAGGGAAAGCAGAGGUUGUUCUUCCUAAUCUGAUAAAUGCGAUGCACUUUGAGGGAACACUCACAGCUGUUGUGAAUCCAUCCAGGGCAGGUCUGCAUUAUAGAGUGAUCCGAGCCCUGCGCAAUCAUCCAGACUUACAAAGACUUAUCUAUAUAUCCUGCAAGCCAGAAGGAGAAGCAAUGCGGAAUUUUCGGGAGCUCUGUGGAAAGACUGAUUUAAAAAGAAGGUUUACUGGAGAGUGCUUUAAACCCAAACUUGCUGUUCCUGUGGACAUGUUUCCACACACACCUCACUGUGAACUGGUGCUUGUAUUAGAACGAUAAAUAUUAAUGUUUAAUAAACUUACCAUAGCUGUUA